AGGCGUUACGAUUCUGAAGAAACGUCAAAACACAAGAGGUCCAUCAGUCGCGUCGCCGUGAAAAGUUUUGUAGUCUGCAACUUGUUUAUUUUGAUGUGAAAAUUAUGGAUUUCCAUUGAAUUAAAGAACAAUAGCAAAUAUGGCGGGAUUAACGGAUGUUGAUAGCCCGUUUGUAAAAACGGAAAAGGCAUGCAAAAUAUGCGGUUCAAACGAAGGGGACAUGGAGUCAAUUUUCUGCGAUGCAGACGACACCAGGAUGCUGAACAAAAUCUACAAAUGCACCAAAGUGGAGGUAACUCCAGUCUGUGGAUUAAUAUCUCCAAUUUGUGAAUCCUGCCGUAAACGUAUUGAUGCAUUUGAUGAAAAUGCAAAGCCGAAAGUUGUUGAGUUUAUCAUCAAGGACGAAUUGGACCAGGAUGGUUUGGAUUACGAUCCACUAAAUUUUCAAGACCCUAUGACAGUUGAUGCGCUUGUCGAAGAAGAGGACAUGUUUCAAGAUGUGAACGUUAAAUUGGAAAUAGAUCUGGGCGAAAGUAAUUUAGAUACAUCAAAUCAAAAAGAACCGAAGCAAAAGGGAAAAGUAGGUCGGAAGCGGAAAAAAUCCCUUGAAGCGGAGAGUUCGAAGGUCAUAGAAAUCCCAGACGACAAAGUUGAACCUAUUGAAAAUGAAAAGGAAAAUGUUCCCAGUACACGGGUAACCAGAAAAGUCACCAAAAAAGAAACUCAGACUAGAAGCGAUCAUGGAAGCGAUUCAAGUGACUUCGAUUGGGCAGGCGACGAUGAUGAUGCAAAAUUUGACAGUGAUCCUAGCAAAGCUAGUUCAGAGGAUGAAAAACCUUUGAAGAAACGAAAGGCAGUAAAGAAAAAGCCCAAUACUACUGGGGAAAAGCGCAAAAUUGGACGACCUCGAAAGAUUCGACCGGAAGGUAAAGAAGUUAAAGUGCCACAGGAAUGUAAAAUCUGCGGCCGCGUUGUAACGUAUAUGCGAGAACACAUGCGAAUGCACAAGAUCGAUAAACAGCACAAGUGCCCGUAUUGCGAUCGCAUGUUUGUUCAGGGAAACAACUUGAAAUACCACAUCCGAAAACAUCUGGGAGAGAGACCGUACUCGUGUGAACUAUGUGAUAAAACGUUUUAUUGUGCUCCGCAUCUAAAAUCACACAUGAAAGUACAUGGCCCGCAAGGACUGUUUCAGUGUGAUAGAUGCCCCAAAACAUUCAAUCAAGAGUGCAAUCUCAGAAAACAUAUUCGAGUUCAUACAGGUGAAAAACCAUACAAAUGUACCAAAUGUGAUAAGGCAUUUAAUAGUACUUCAAACCUGAAGAAUCAUCAGAGACUACAUGCCGAUGAUCGAGCAUUUACAUGCGAUCAUUGUUCGAAGAGCUUCGUCGACAUUGUACAUCUGCAGCGCCACAUACGGGUUCAUACAGGAUAUCAGCCAUAUAUAUGUCACGUGUGCUGUCUCGCAUUCAACUGCCAAAAUGGAAUCGUUGAACACUUGAAAACGCAUAUUUUGGAACGUAAGGAACUGUGGUCUAAAGUUCCAAAGGUUUAGAUUGACUUCAAUAGAAUGCUUGCAUUGGGUGAA